AUGGAAGCAGAUAUUCGGGUUGGUGAGAGUGUGAAAAUGGAGUUGCAACAGGCACUCUUCGAGGCACAAAGUUUAGUCAAAGCCAGACAAGUGUUAAUCAUCCAAAUUCAACAAGCCUCUCAGGAGUUGGCGAAAACUCGGGAUGAUGUUAAGUCUCUUCCAGAGUUACAGGAUGAACUUGAAGGUUUGAGGAAAGAUAACCAGAGAUUACGCUUUAAUGUGGAAUGCUGUUUAAGUAAUCAAUGGAUGGAGGUGGUUCUAAUGUGUGUUACAUUUCAAUAUGAAAAAAGGUCAAACAUAGAGCAGGUGGAGCAAAUGCAAGCUAUGGAGAAGAAUCUGAUCGGGAUGGCAAAAGAAGUUGAAAAGUUACGUGCUGUAGUCUCAAGUGCUGAGAAGACUGUGCCCGCACCAAUAGGAGUGAUACCAUAUGCGGGUGGUUACAUGAAUCCCGAUCCUUCAUAUGUACUGCCUUUUCAAGGUAGCACCACCUAUUUUGAUGGCUACGGUCGGCCUGUAAUGCAGAUGGGUCCUGGCGUAGCAGAGGGCAUGAUCCCAUAUGGUAGUAGUACCAAUGUUCCGGCUGCUACUGCUGCAACUAGUGGUCAAGCUGUCAACUAG